ACUAACCCACCUUUCAUGACUUUUGACGGUAAAGUCAAGACAGACGUGACUAAGAUCGAGGAGUUCUUGGAGGAGAAAUUGGCUCCCCCAAGGUAUGAGCUGGGGACCCAGCACCCUGAAUCUAACUCUGCCGGAAAUGACGUGUUUGCCAAGUUUUCAGCAUUUAUAAAAAACACCAAGAAGGAUGCAAACGAGAUUUAUGAAAGGAACCUGUUAAAGGCCCUGAAGAAGCUGGAUAGUUAUCUGAACAGACCCCUGCCUGAUGAGAUAGAUGCCUACAGCACCGAGGAAGCUGCUGUUUCUGGAAGGAAGUUCCUGGAUGGCAAUGAGCUCACGCUGGCUGACUGCAACCUCUUACCCAAGCUCCACAUUAUUAAGAUCGUGGCCAAGAGAUACAAAGAUUUUGAAUUUCCUUCUGAAAUGACUGGCAUCUGGAGGUACUUGAACAAUGCGUAUGCUCGGGAUGAAUACACAAACACAUGUCCCGCUGACCAGGAGAUUGAACAUGCAUAUUCAGAUGUUGCCAAAAGAAUGAAGUGAAGCCAGAUUGUUUUCUGUCUCGUUUCUCAGUUGUGUGAGCUAGACUAUGGAAGGAGUGUCUCCUUUGCCUUUCCCUCCCAGUAACCAUCCUUUGCAAAAUAAUGCUCAUACUUCAGCAAUGUGGAUACCAUCGCAUGAUCCACUCAACAGGAAAUUAUUCCUAGCCU